AUGGCGAAGAUUAUCCAUAUCAUCCGCCAUGCAGAAGGCUUUCACCAGCUCCCCCGUGAUCAUCCGAAUGCCUUAGUUCGGGACCCGUCUUUGACACCUAAAGGCAUUGUACAAAGCCGGCAAUUCAACCAGCGCUUUUCCUAUCACGCCUGUACCGACUUGCUCUGCGCAUCUCCACUUCGUCGGACGAUUCAAACCACAAACCUCGCAUUUGAACCUGAGAUUCGGAAAGGAUUGAAAAUUCUCGCUCUUGCAGACGCCCAAGAGUCGUCCGACGCACCGUGCGACACAGGGAGCGAUGUAUUCAAGCUGGUCUCAGAGUUUGGAACUACAUUGGAUGUUUCUCUCCUUCGCGAGAGGUGGUAUGAGAAGAAAAGUUUAAACAAUACCAGCGUAGAGGCGCUCCGGGCACGUGCAAUCCGAUUGAGGAGGCUACUGCGAGAAAGACCCGAGAAGAAUAUUGUGCUUGUCUCACACGGUACUUUUGCGCAUUACAUUACAGAGCAUGUGGAUCCACAGGGACACCAAACCGGCGAAUAUUGGCGCAACGUCAUGUGGCGAACUUACAGUUUCAGUUCUGGUGACGAUGGGGAUGCAAAACUGCUCGAAACAGAUGAGUCCAUAAACAGACAUACCGACAAUUGA